GUAACGCGUGUGUACAGUUCACAUGUAAAAUGAAUCCUUUUGCUGUAAAUGCUCUAAUAUGUGCACGCUAUUUUUUGCGCAAACGACGGAAUAGAAGGCGGCGAAGAUAUCAUGUACACCCAAUACUUGUAGAACGGUUGUUAGAAGGCGAGUUCUGCAAACUAUUUUCGAGAUUGCAAGAAGACGAGGAAAAGUUUUUUGAUUAUUUUAAGAUGUCAAUCAGAAGUUUUGAUGAACUACAAGCAAGGUUACAUGAUAUUUUGAAACAUUCCAAUAUGUUUCGAGCUCCGGUCCAACCUAUUGAAAGAUUGGCUGUGACUUUAAGAUACUUCGUGACGGGAGAGACAUUUAAAGAUCUUCAUUUUAGCUAUCGUUUGGGGGCUUCAACUAUUGGUGAAAUCAUUAAAGAAGUAUGUAAGAAAAUUUGGACUCUACUCCAUGAAGAGUGUCUUUCGAUACCUAAUUCACAGGAAGGGUGGCUACGAAUCGCUGCCGGUUUUGAAAAUACAGCAAAUUUCCCUAACUGCAUCGGUUGUAUAGACGGGAAGCAUGUCAGAAUAAUUUGUCCUAAAUAUAGUGGGAGUCUGUAUUCAAAUUAUAAAAAGUUUUAUUCUAUAGUUCUUUUAGCUAUGUGUGACUGUGACUAUCGCUACACCUAUAUAAAUGUAGGGGCAUAUGGAACAGAUUCUGAUUCAAAUAUUUUUCGAAGAAGUUCAUUAUUUACGAAAUUACACAACGGAGAAAUAAUAUUGCCUCCACCAAAACCAUUACCUCACACUACAGAACCUCUCCCAUAUAUGAUUAUCGGCGAUGCCGCGUUUGGUAUAUCGAACAAAAUUUUAAGACCUUAUGCACGAAGUAAUCUGACACAUAAGAAAAAAAUAUUUAAUUAUCGCUUAAGCCGUGCUAGAAGGUACAUUGAGUCUACAUUUGGAAUAAUGAGUAAUAAAUUUAAGAUAUUUCACAGACCAAUGAAUACUUCCCUACCGAAUACAAUAGCAAUAAUAAAGGCUUGUUGCCUUUUACAUAACUACAUUCGAGAAAGAGACGGGUACAGAAUACAGGAUACACUAACUGUUUUAGGGUUUGACCAAUCUCUUAAUACAAACAGUAAUAACAGCAGAUCAGGUGACACAAUAAGGGAUAAAUUUUCCAACUAUUUCGUUUCUCCCGCUGGUAGUGUACCGUGGCAAGAUACGUGUAUUUUUUAAUUAAAUAGUAUUUUACAACAAUAAUAACGUUUUAUU